CUAAUGCUGUGCGAUGGCUGAUAGCAUGGGUGACACAGCGGCAGAAAGAAAUGAAGCGGAGACGUACCCCUACCGAGACAGAAAUAAAUGUUCCCCAGAGGAAGAGGCAAGACUAGAGAGACAGCACUUCUGGAAAAUCAUCGAUGCGUUUAGGUUUUACAGAACCCACGUUCAGGAGCGGGUCAACCGGACCGAGAGGCAAUUCCGCAGUCUUCCCCAGCGGCACCAACGUCUCCUGUCCGGCUUCCUGCCCAACCUGUCCAAGAUCCGCCAGUGCGUGGACCAGAACCACGAAGUGCUGCAGGCCAUCGUGCGCAACUGCAUCCACAUGUUUGAGAACAUGGAGUAUGGGGAGGAUGUAGGUGAAGAACAUGGAGAUAACGCGAGAAAGGUGGGGCCGAGUUCCACGUUUGACAUGGACAAGCUGAAGUCCACCAUUAAGCAGUUUGUGCGCGAUUGGAGCGAGGCUGGCAAAGUGGAGAGGGACACCUGCUAUAAACCCCUCAUGGAGGAGAUCCAGAGACAGUUUCCUCCUGAACAGUGCGAUGUUUCGAAAAUCAGCAUCCUGGUGCCCGGAGCUGGUCUGGGGCGCCUGGCGUGGGAGAUUGCCAACCUUGGCUACUCUUGCCAGGGCAAUGAGUGGAGCUUCUUCAUGCUCUUCUCCUCUAAUUUUGUCCUUAACAGAUGUGAUAAAGAGAAUGCUCUGACGUUGUAUCCCUGGGUUCACCAGUUCAGCAACAACAAGAUGUCCGCCGACCAGACCAGACCCGUGUUCUUCCCGGAUAUCAACCCCCAGAGUCUCCCGCCGAACUCUGACUUUUCCAUGACGGCCGGGGACUUCCUGGAGGUGUACACGGAUCCAAAUAUCUGGGAUUGUGUUACCACGUGUUUCUUUAUCGACACUGCCCAUAAUGUCCUUGAUUAUAUAGAGACCAUCUGGAACAUUCUAAAACCUGGCGGUGUUUGGAUCAAUUUGGGUCCCCUUCUGUACCACUUUGAGAAUAUGGCCAGUGAGCUCUCUAUCGAGCUCAGCUAUGAAGAAAUAAAGGGCGCCAUAUUGAAAUACGGAUUUCAGCUAGAGGUGGAGAGAGAGUCCGUGCUCACCACGUACACGGAGAACGAUCGCUCCAUGCUCAGGUACUUGUACGACUGUGUCUUUUUCGUGGCGCGGAAACACACGCAGCAGCCAACCAAUGGGACUCUGUCUCCCAAAGACGGCGUGUCGGAUGAAUCGGCACCGAAAGAAGACGUGGCGGCCACGUGACGUCAGAAAGGCAGGCGCCUUCAGCCAGUCACGGUGCCUCGGAUACCUUUGGGAUCAUUUUUACGUCUGUAUGGAAUCUUUGAUCUCAUUUGCUUCUGAAACAGUGAUUCUUAGCGCCUGCUCUGGACAGCAGUGCCCUGCGCACUUCUAAGAUUUCUCGGUUCACUUUUUUGGGGGGUGGUGUGGGGCACCAAAGGUCCUUCUGUUCCCCUGGACCAGGAUUGCGGUCUGUACACAGAGCCCAGGGUGUUUAUCUAGAAAGACUUUUGGGGGGGGUUACUGAAUUCGGGAGUUUUCUAGAAAGACUGUCCAUAGCCACAGUUUUUGUCCUUUUUAUAUACCGAUUGAGUUGGUCCUUGCUGUAAUACACUUGAUUCAGUUCAUGCACACUUGCUAAUUGGCUGGUCACUUAAAACUGCUAUUUUAAAAUAGGCCAUGGAUCUUACCAACUGACAGGAGAUUAUUAGCCAAAGUGUGUAGUGCAGGGUUCCAGCAGGACUGGGACUACAAACCGAUAUGCUAAUGUCUGUAGUUCUGUGGACAGGAGAAUCUGUUCCUAAAUCAGCCCUGGACCCAGAACCUUUCAACUGGCAGAAGACCCUGCUGCUGUCCGGAAGACACAAUGAGUGUUAUUUAAUAUUGUGUCAUUUUUCAUGAUGUCUCUUACUUUGCCUUCACUCCACACUGCAGGCUGGCUAGUCAUCAUCACCAAGUGGAACAUUUUAUGCCCGUAGAACAUUUUGCACUUUUUAUUUUCUUAUCUUUCAGUGAUUAUCUUGUCUUGCAUAUACAAACCUGCUGGACUCACUUAAAAGAAACGUUUCACCUUAAACAUAUUUUGGUGUUUGUUUUCAUUGUUUCUGAUUGCUGACUAAAGGGGGUUUGAAGCUGCAUAUGUUUACCGUUACAGUGUUUCUACAGUUAUUGAUGACUAUUACUCACUGCUUCUCUGGAUUAAUUCUGCCAUGUGGAUGACUUUGGCUGUUAAAAUUAUAACAAGAUAUCACAGCACCAAGUAAAGUUGUUUUAAACUUACUGUGUACUUGCAUACAAGUUUCUACUAUUAAACCUGAUAUUAACAUACCAAUUUCAUCAUGAGGUAAAGGUUUCUUUUUUUCUUUUUUCUUUUUUUUUUUUUCUUUUUUCUUUUUUUUUUGAAUGCCUGGAUGUUGCUAUCAUUGUAAACGCGUUAUGUAUUUUACUUCAAAUAAAAGAAGGAAUUAACAUUUUUAA